CCGAGGCGCUAUGGCUCACGUGGGCUCUCGCAAGCGUUCGAGGAGUCGCAGCCGAUCCCAGGGGCGAGGGGCGGAAAAGAGGAGGAAGAAGAGCAGUAAGGACGCUCCGAGGAGCUGCUCGACCUCUAGAUCCCAAGGCCGCAAGGCCAGCACCGCCUCCGGGGCCGAGGCCUCACCUUCUCCCUGCAUCACAGAGAGAAGCAGGCCCAAGGCCCGGAGGAGACCGCGAUCCAGCCCCUCCUCCUCUUCUUCCGGUUCUUCUAGCUCCUCUUCUUCCUCUUCGUCCUCCUCCUCUUCCUCCAGCGAUGGCCCGAAGAAGCGGCGGAAGCACAAGGACAAGAAGAGGAAGAGGAAGAAGAAGAAGAAGAAGAAGAAGCUGAAGAAGAAGGAAAAAGAGAAGCCCAAGGUGCAGCAGGCUGAGGCCCUGCCCGGGCCCUCGCUGGACCAGUGGCACCGAGCAGCCGUGGAGGAAGAGGAUGGCCCAGUCCUGACGGAUGAGCAGAAGUCCCGCAUCCAGGCCAUGAAGCCCAUGACCAAGGAAGAGUGGGAUGCCCGGCAGAGCAUCAUCCGCAAGGUGGUGGACCCUGAGACGGGACGCACCAGGCUCAUUAAGGGAGAUGGUGAGGUCUUGGAAGAAAUCGUAACCAAAGAGCGACACAGAGAGAUCAACAAGCAAGCCACCCGCGGGGACGGCCUGGCCUUCCAGAUGCGAGCUGGGCUGCUGCCAUGA